AUGGCCCCAACACCUCCCAGCGAACUUCAAAUCCUCCACUCCUAUCUCCUCCAACCAUCCCCUUUAUCAUGCAUCCUCCCCUGGCCCGCCUUCCAAGUCCUUGCUCCAACCUCAACCCGCCAGAACCCCAACCUCAGACGCCUAUACCGCGACCUCGAGUUCCGGCGCGACAUCACAAUCGAUGACGUACGUCGGCGCAUUGACGACGAAUGCCGCCAGAGCGCCGUGCUGGUAGGGCGGUUGGGCAAGGCGGUAAGGAGAGAAGAAGGCUUGAAGACAGAGCGCAAAAGGAAGCGUGGGACCGAUUACGAAGACGACGACGACGACGUUAAUACCUCCGAUGAUGACGAUGACUAUGACAACGAUGAAGCGGAGGCGCAGAGAGAAAUCAAGCUCGACACACAUCUCCAUGGUCAAGCCGGCAACACACUCUCCACGAAGAUACGAAGUACGAACCAUACGAGCAGCAGCCUCCUCUCGGCGAUGCAGAUAGCGACAUCAGACUUAGAGUCUGAUAUCACGAGUCUGGAAGCCGAGAUCGAAUCUAUACAUCGCGAGUGCGAAGAACGCGUUGGGGCAUUGAGUGAUUUACGUUAUGGCCGGUUUGCCGGGAGAUCAAGCUCGGAUUUGGGGAGCUCUACCGGUGCUGAGGGACUUGGACACGGGAAUAGGAAUAGUGAUGCCGAGAAUGGUGUUGAAAGCGAGGUUGUCAGGGCGUUGGAGGAGCUAAGAGACAAAUUGAACGGAGGACGAGAAGGUUGGACACCAGGAGGAGACAGGGGAGACGGGGGCACAGGUGAGAGCCAGUCACGCUCUACUGGUAGUAUGGGAUGA